AUGUCUGUCCCACGUCUCCUCGUAGUGGGUGGAAAUGGCUUCCUCGCAGGCUCGGCGAUCUGUAAAGCAGCUGUUGGCAAAGGUUGGGAAGUCAGCAGCAUGAGCUCUUCCGGCAAACCAUUCACCACCCCCGCUGGCCAUACUCCCGCCUGGGUUCCCCGCGUCACAUGGCACGCUGCAGACGCCUUCUCGCCUUCCUCCUACUCAUCGCUCGUCUCAUCCUCCACUGCUGUCGUCCACACUUUGGGUAUCUUGCUGGAAGACCAGGGUUACAAGAAGGCUGUGAGGGAGGGAGAUAUACUUGGGCUGGCGGGGAGCAUGGUGAAAGCUCUGGAGGGCGGGGCGAACCCUUUGAAGAGUGCCGAGGAAAAGAAGAGAGGGUAUGAAGGGGCCAAUCGGGACUCUGCUUUGACGGUUCUGAAUACCAUGAUCAGCACACCACCGCAUCCUUCACCGGCAAACGAAAUCCCAAGCGAACGACCGUUCGUCUAUAUCUCCGCUGCCGACGCUUUCCGACCUGCAGUACCAAAGCGGUAUAUUGAAACCAAGAGGCAAGCUGAGCUCGAGAUCUCUCGUCGCUGUUCCGAGACGGAAGGUAUCAAACCAGUCUUCAUCCGACCUGGAUUGAUGUACCACCCCCACACUCGCCCUCUCACCACCCUCCCCGCAUUCCUCAUCGACCUCUCCGCAAAGUUCCACGCUUUCUCUCGGCUGCCCAACCUCUUCUCCUCCGGCUCAUUCUUGCACGGUGCUUCCGAGAGUCUGCGGACGUACCCGCUGCAUGUGGAUCAUGUGGCGAGCGCGGUACUACGGGGAAUCGAGGAUGAGAAGCUGAGAGGUGUUGUGGAGGUUCCAGAGAUGAGGGGAUGGGCAGGUUUCGGAGAGGGGAAGAAGGGAGAAGUAGAAUGGCAGGGAUAG